UGCAGCAGCUAAACAGGCACAACAAUUUCCACUUUCGAUCAAACUCAGGCACUGCAGAAUGGCGAAUAGGAAACAAGUGUUGUUGCUGGUGCCGUCAAUGCUGGUGGUGGUGGUGCUGCUGCUGCCGAUGCUACACGGCGCGGAGUCAGUGUCCAGGAUUCAGGUGUGUGGUUCACGGCUAAGCGAAACCAUCUACGCCGUCUGCCGUGGAAAGUUUGUGCCCAUUCAGCAACGCAAACGCGGAACCUUGGAUCUCUUUGACUACGUCGACUCUCAAAAGGAGCCCAACGAGGACAACGAUUUGGACACGCUUCAAGAACUGGGCGCAGGAGGACGUCACAGCUCCCUGAUGGCGACCAGGCGCUUAAGGCGUGGCGUCGUCAAUGAGUGUUGCCUCAAGCCGUGCUACUAUAAUGAAAUGAAAAAGUAUUGCGACUAUUGAAGACUUCCGACACACGAUGAAUUCAGAAAUCCACACCAAAUCCUAUUCUUAUUAUAUUCCACGUAUUUCUAUUGAAGCAAAUUAAUAAAGACAAGUUGC